ACAUUGGUGAUGAUCGAUGUGCUAAGUUAUCAGUUUAUAUCUGCAUAGUGAAUAUUAUAAAAGGCAUAAUCUUUUACUGUAAGAAGUGUUAAUGACGAGAUGGCGCGUACAACACUGAUCGUGUUGUUUGCGGGCUUCGCCCUUGUAUCAGCCGGGAACUCUCCCCACGCUAGUGAUAUUGAAGAUUUAGUUAGUAGUGAUAUCUUCAAGCCUCGGUUUUCAGACAAUGUACUAGAGGAUGCUAAAUUAGACGUUCCCGAACUUGUUCGGAAAUACAGAUAUCCAUUGGAAGAGCACGAGGUGACGACUUCAGAUGGAUACAUUCUACGGAUGCACCGUAUUCCUCAUGGCAGAGACUCCAACAAUGUCCCCGGGGUGAAGCGGCCCAUAGUGUUUUUGAUGCACGGUUUACUGUGCUCUUCAGCUGAUUGGGUUAUUAUGGGCCCUGGCAAUGGUUUUGCAUACAUUCUCGCUGAAAAUGGAUUCGAUGUAUGGAUGGGCAACGCUCGCGGUAACUACUAUUCUCGUAGACAUAUCCGUUAUAAUCCUAACUCAAUAUUGAGCAACUCUUUCUGGGAAUAUUCCUGGGAUGAGAUCGGAAAUAUAGAUCUACCAACGAUGAUAGAUUAUGCAUUAAAGAACACAGAACAAGAAAAACUCCAUUACAUCGGACAUUCUCAAGGCACAACAUCGUUCUUUGUCAUGGCGUCGCUUCACCCUGAGUACAACAAUAAGAUAAUUUCUAUGCAUGCGUUUGCCCCUGUUGCGUACAUGGCACAUAACAAGAGUCUUCUGUUAAAUAUCUUAGCACGUUUUACAAGCGAUAUAGAGGAACUUGCAAGCCGAUUUGGAAUAGGUGAAUUCAUGCCUAACAAUCAGAUAAUGACGUGGGCAGGAGAGGCAAUGUGCAGGGAUCAGGUCUCUACGCAGGCGAUUUGUAGCAACAUAUUAUUCCUUAUCGGUGGAUGGAACGAGGAUCAACAUAAUGCGACAAUGAUGCCAGCUAUAUUCGGUCACACUCCAGCUGGAUCCUCUGUGAGACAGUUCGCUCACUUCGGACAAAGUAUUGCUGGUAAAGAGUUCCGUCGCUACGAUCAUGGCUUGUUGAGGAAUAUGAUUGUAUACGGCAAGAUAAAGCCUCCGAAAUACAAUCUAGCGAAUGUUAAAGUACCCACAUUUUUGCACUACUCCAACAACGAUCCUUUAUCUCAAGUGAGAGAUGUUUAUCGUUUACACGAAGAGCUAGGACAUGGGAUCAAAAUGUUGUUACCAUUGCCUUCAUUUACGCAUUUAGAUUACAUGUGGGCUAUAGAUGCGAGGGUAAUAUUGUACGACAGAGUUAUAAGUUUGCUUAAAUCUACUGGAAACUGACAAUUUUAAAAUAUAGAGAUAUUCUGUUUUUCAUGUAAUAAAGUUUAAUAAUUUUCGUUGA